AUGAUCCAUGGGCCUUGCGGUAAUUCAAACAAUAGAUCACCCUGUAUGGAGUCAGGUAGCUGUAGCAAGAAGUAUCCUAGAACUUUCAUUCAAGAAACACAGACAGGAGACGACGGGUAUCCAAAGUAUAGGCGAAGAGCUCCAGAAAAUGGUGGUUUUACUGUUGAAAUAAAUGGUAAUACACUUGAUAAUCGUUGGGUAGUACCGUAUAACCCAGUGCUUUCACGUACAUUUGGUGCUCAUAUUAAUGUAGAGUACUGUAACUCUGUAAAAUCUAUAAAAUACAUUUGUAAAUAUAUUACAAAAGGAAGUGAUCAAGCAGCAUUUGGUUUUGAAAAUGAUAAUGAUGAAGUCAAGCUUUAUGAAAGUGGUGGAUAUAUCAGCAGCUCUGAGGCUGUAUGGAGAAUUCUGGCUUUUCCUAUCCACGAGAGAUUUCCAACAGUCUUCCAUCUUUCCGUGCAUUUAGAAAAUGGCCAGCGUGUUUAUUUCAACCCUAAUGACUCCAGUCGUUUGACAGACAUGAUUAACAAUCCACCAAAAACUACUCUUUUAGCAUUUUUCGACUUAUGUAAAACAGAUGAUUUUGCAAAAACACUUCUUUAUGUUGAUGUUCCCUCUUACUAUGUAUGGAAAAAUAAUAGAUUUGAGAGAAGAAAACGUGGAAUUAACGUAAAUGGUUGGCCGGGAAUAAAACGAGAUCAAGCUCUGGGUAGAGUAUAUACCAUUCACCCUAAUAAUACCGAGUGUUACUAUCUUCGCCUUUUACUUCAUGAAGUCCGAGGUCCUACAUCUUUUUUGAAAUUGAAAACUGUUAACGGCACAAUUCAACCUACUUAUCAGACAGCGUGUAAGGCUCUAGGCUUACUGGAAGACGAAAGGCACUGGGAUACAACUAUGGAAGAAGCUGUGCUUUGUGGUUCUCCAUUUAAAUUACGGGAACUUUUUGCAAUUAUGUUGAUAUUUUGUCAAUUGUCAGAUGCUUUAAGUCUUUGGGAAAAAUACAAGGACAGUCUUUCAGAAGAUAUACGACAUCGAGUGGAGUUGGAUAUACAACCCGAGAAUGUGAAUUUAAUUAUUAAUGAAGUAUACAAUAAAUGCUUAGUUACUCUUGAAGAUACUGUUCUAUCUCUGGGAGGUACAUCUUUGCAACAUUAUGGUUUACCUCAGCCAUCAAGAUGUGAAGCAGUCUUACAAAAUAAAGAUUACCUUCGAGAAAUCAAUUAUGAUUCAAAUAUUUUGGCACAGUAUAUAAAUUUUAAUGAACAUUUACUAAAUAAUGAACAGUCCUAUGUAUAUAACAAAAUAUUAGAGGGCAUUGAAAAGAACACUGGCCAAACAUUUUUCUUAGACGCACCUGGAGGCACUGGUAAAACAUUUGUCAUAAAUAUUUUAUUGGCCAGAGUACGAAAAGAUCAUGGAAUAGCUUUGGCUGUAGCUUCUUCAGGC